GAGGAAGGGCAGAUGCCAACAUGGAAGCAGUCAAAGAUUCCUGACCUUGUACAUGAAGAUGAUGGUAUUGAUGAUGAACGUCUCCGGAAAGAGGUUUCUCCAUUUGGUACAAUCACUAGUGCAAAGGUUCUGAUGGAGGGUGGUCGCAGCAAAGGGUUUGGUUUUGUAUGUUUCUCCUCCCCAGAAGAAGCCACUAAAGCAGUUACAGAACUGAACGGUAGAAUUGUGGUCACAAAGCCAUUGUAUGCAGCUUUAGCUCAGCGCAAAGAAGAGCGCCAGGCUCACCUCACUAACCAGUAUAUGCAGAGAAUGGCAAGUGUACGAGCUGUGCCCAACCCUGUAAUCAACCCCUACCAGCCAGCACCUCCUUCAGGUUACUUUAUGGCAGCUAUCCCACAGACUCAGAACGGUGCUGCAUACUACCCUCCUAGCCAAAUUGCUCAACUAAGACCAAGUCCUCGCUGGACUGCUCAGGGUGCCAGACCUCAUCCAUUCCAAAAUAUGCCCGGUGCUGUCUGCCCAGCUGCUCCUAGACCACCAUUUAGUACUUUUCACUCUUUGAAUUUUGCAACUUAA